CGGGUCGAGCGUGAAGUGUUGUGGAUAUGGAAAAUGGACAAUUUAUCACGCACAUUCAUCAUUCAUAUCCCACCGGGGAAACCUUUGGUUGCACGCUGAUUUGAUUGGCAAAUGCCCGGCCGUGGUGUGAAACGGAAAAUUACCAGUGGGGAGGAGAAGAGCGUGGUUCGCUACCCGGAGGGCCACUGCAGACAGCAGUUGUGCCAGGCACCAUGAGGCAGCAAGCUUGGCCUGUGAGAGCGGAGAAAUCACCCUUCAUCACUCUCGGCCAGGCUGGACAGCGGAAGAAAUGCACAAAGCAGCAGCACAUACUAGAGCAGAGACAGGCUAAUACAGAAAUCUGAGCGUACAGCUGAGAGCAAAUGGGGAAGCCAGAAAGAGACUGAAAGAGUGGAGUCAGUAAUUUAGACUGUGUCAUUCCUAAAUGGCAAAGUGGACUGGGCCACAUUCAGAGGCAGUGAUGUCCUUGUUAACACAUUGUCCUCCAUUGGAAGCUCCUUGUUAGAAGUCACAAGUCUGUCCAAAACCCCUGUGAGGCUAAGAGCUGAGGGGCCGAGGAAAAUAAAAACAGAGGACGAAAGAGAGACAGAGUGGGGGGAAAAAAAGAGAGUGUGACAGGCCCUCAUGCAGGCGCGUAAGAAGUAUGUUCUGCUGGGCUUGUGUGCGUGCUGCUGGCUGGUCCUCUUUUACUUGGGCGGAGGAAUCCAGCUGCGUCUACUCCGCUGGCUGACACGCCACCGGGGUGAGGUGCUGCGCCACUGGCCCAACUGGACCGACCGAGCCUUCUUGCCCCGCUAUGCCCACUUGGAUGAGCUUCAGACAGACCCCGGGAUGGCAGAGUCACCCCGCCAGCGGCGCCAGGCAUGGUCUGCCAUUUAUAAAGACAGCCGCUGUCGCAUGGAGACCUGUUUCGACUUCUCUCGGUGUCGCCGUAGAGGAAGGGAAGGUUUCAGGGUGUACAUAUAUCCAUCUGAGAAAAAUGAUCGGGUGUCAGAAAGCUACAGAAAGAUCCUAACAUCUAUAAAGGAGUCACGGUACUACACUUCAGACCCCCAUGAGGCAUGCCUGUUUGUGCUUGGGAUAGACACCUUAGACAGGGACCAGCUAUCAGGACAGUUUGUGCCCAAUGUGGAUGAACGCAUCCGUGGUUACCCGUUGUGGAAUGACGGGCGGAACCAUCUGAUUUUCAACCUGUACUCGGGCACGUGGCCGAACUACACAGGGGACCUGGGCUUCAACAUCGGUCAGGCCAUCUUAGCCAAAGCCAGUCUCAACACAGAACAUUUCAGGCCCGGCUUUGAUGUCUCCAUCCCUCUCUUCUCAAAGGAUCACCCACAGAAGGGUGGAGAGCGGGGCUGGCUGGUGAGGAACAACGUUCCGCCACGGAGGAAGUACCUGCUGAUGUUCAAAGGGAAGCGCUAUCUCACGGGCAUUGGUUCAGACACAAGAAAUGCUCUUCAUCACAUUCACAAUGGCAAGGACAUUGUGUCGCUGACAACGUGUCGCCACGGGAAGGACUGGGAGAAGCACAAAGACGCCCGCUGCGACCAUGACAACCUGGAAUAUGAGAGGUUUGAUUACCAGGAGCUCCUCCACAACUCGACGUUCUGUUUGGUGCCUCGAGGUCGACGCUUGGGCUCGUUCCGCUUCCUUGAGUCGCUGCAGGCGGCGUGUAUCCCAGUACUGCUGAGUAACGGCUGGGAGCUGCCGUUUUCUGAUGUCAUACAGUGGAACCAGGCAGUCAUCGAGGGAGACGAGAGAUUACUACUUCAGGUUCCAUCUACAGUGAUAGCAGUAGGGAAUGAGAGCAUCCUGGCUCUAAGACAAAGGACACAGAUGUUGUGGGAAGCCUACUUUUCCUCGGUGGACAAGAUAGUCCUCACCACACUGGAGAUUAUUAAAGACCGUGUGUUUUCUCACGUAUCGAGGAACAAGUACAUGUGGAACUCCCUGCCAGGAGGUCUGCUGGUCCUGCCGGAGUACUCCACUCAUCUUGCACAUUUCCCGUUCUACUAUCUUGGAUUAGGAGUCAGUCCAGGACAAGAGUUUACUGCUGUCAUCCACGCUGUCUCUCCAUUGGUCUCCCAGUCUCAGCCAAUCAUGAAGCUACUCCAGGUGGUCUCUAAGUCAAAGUACUGCACACAGAUCAUUAUUCUGUGGAACAGCGAGAAACCGCCACCCAGUCGGAGCAAAUGGCCCCCUAUGCCUGUUCCCCUCACUGUGACAGAUGGCAGGAGGAAGACCACCAGUCGGUUUCUACCUCAUGUUGCCAUAGAGACGGAAGCAGUGCUGAGCCUGGACGAGGAUACGGUCCUACUGACAAGUGAGGUGAACUUUGCCUUCUUGGUGUGGCGGAGCUUCCCUGAGCGGAUUGUAGGUUAUCCCCCCAGAAGCCACUUCUGGGAUCCCCUGAAGCGUGCCUGGGGCUACACCUCCAAAUGGACCAACGACUACUCUAUCGUCCUGACUGGAGCUGCAUUCUAUCACAGGUACUACCACUACCUGUUCACUCACUACCUGCCUCAGUCUCUACGGUCUCUGGUGGAUCGCACCUCCAACUGUGAGGACAUCCUAAUGAACUUCCUGGUCUCUGCUGUGACUCACCAGCCACCUAUUAAAGUGACUCAACGGAAGCAGUACAAGGAGCUUCCCAGUUCACAGGGUAUGAAGAGCGUCCCCUGGGCCAACCCGGAACACUUCAAUCAGAGGCAAGAGUGCAUCAACUUCUUUGCCAACUGGUUUGGCUACAUGCCCCUGGUGCAUUCUCAGUUUCGCUUGGACCCUGUCCUCUUCAAAGAUCAAGUGUCUAUCCACCGCAAGAAGUACAAAGACCUGGAGAGGGCGUAACAUUUCUGGACUAAAAGGCCAGGGAGGACUGAAGUCUUGUUUAGAGGCAUUUUGGACAGACUGAUGGACAUGUCAUUCAAAGACUGCAUGGGAAGUGCACAAAGAGACACUGAGAUCCAUUUGUGACAUGGACAAUCAUCAGUAAGACCCAGGAGGUCUGGACUAUAUGGAUAUAGAUCUUAAGAGAAAGGGAUCUAUCUAUAGUGCUGGAAAUGCUUCUCCUUUGGGCCUCUCUGUCGGACAGCUUAAAAAAGGAACGUCUGCGAACACUUCAGGUGUCAGUGCUACUGCAGUGGCAACGAGGAGGGAAUGACUAUCUCAUGCCAGGAGCACCCAAGGGACUGGUAUCGGUGCCAUGCACUCCGGUUGGCAACAUCUGUCUCCGUGCUACUGUUGCCAAGGAAACAGAUCAUUUCACAUUAAAAUGCUAACUGUAAGACAAAUAAAGUGAUUUAUAAAUGCAAACUCUGACCUGGUGCUGCAGAAUAUUCACAUAUUAUGUCCCAUAAUUGCCAAAUAUGUUGUGUGUUACCAGGCCAUACAUUUAUAACAGAGAUGAAGCUUUAGUUAUAAUUUAAGGUGCAAGCAACAAAGAUAACAUAUCAGAGAGGCUGAUAGUAACUUGUCCAUCUUGUAUCCUGUUACACUACAAACAGAUCAUCUGGUCGCAUUGCUGAGGAUGGCAGUCACACUGUCUCUUAAAAAUGCACAAAGACAGAAAUACGUAUUUAAUGAGGAUUCAAUCACUGUUUAUAGUAUCUUUAAAUGAGCAGCAGAAUCUGCAGGUGAAGAGCUGAGAAUUGUUAUUCCAGAAGAUUUCUCAUUUGUAGUCGGAGUUGAUGUUUGAGAAGGCUUUGGUUACAUGCGGAUAAAUGGUCCCCAUGGAGCGCAAAACGAGAGUUAAAUUGCUGGAAGGGAAACCAACAUCUAUAGUCUGACAAUGAUGUUAUGAAUGCAGAUCUAUUUUUAAAAACAAUGGCAAUGGAUAAAACAGGAAGACUUGAACAGGAUAUCCCUUAUCCAGAUAGCCUGGCUACACUGCACUAAAUGUCAUAAAACUCCUACAUAUAUACUUGAAUGUACUGAAGGUACUCAGGUAACCAAUUAAUCCUUUGUAAAAUACUACAAAUACUGCUUCUGCCCAAUAGUCCAAAAUAAUUCAUUACUGUAAUAUUAUAUGUAAUACUGUUGCAGGGGGUUAUUGCUCAGGAGGUAGAGCUAAUUGUCUACCAGUUGGAAGGUCGACGGUUUGAUCCCCAGCUCCCCCAGUCUGCAAGUUGAAGUAUCACUGGACAAGAUACUGAACCCCAAAUUGCCUUUUGAUGCAUUCAUUGGAAUCUGACAGUGUGCGUGCAACUUAGAAAGUGCUUAAAGGCAUAGAAAAAAGUGCUGUGUGAAUGUGGCUUGUACUGAAUGUGGCCAGUACUUUUUUAAAAAGUACUGGUUUGAUGGGUUGGUCUGAGUGUUUAAGAAACUGUUGAUCUGCUGGGAUUUUUCCAACACCACCAUCUUUAGGCUUUACAGAGAAUAGGCAGACUGCUUCGAGCUGAGAGGAAGGCAACGGUAACUCAAAUAGCCACUCGUUACAACCAAGGUAUGCAAACGAGGAUCUCUGAACGCACAACACGUCAAACUUUGAAGACGACACCGGGUGCCUCUGCUGUCAGCUAAGAACAUGAAACAGUCUUUACUUCACAGAUCACCAAACUUGGACAACUGAAGAUUGGAAAGAUGUUGCUUGGUCUCAAUUUCUGCUGGGACAUUCAAAUGGUAGGAUCAGAAUUUGGAUCCAUGAGAGCACAGAUCCUUCCUGUUAAGGCUGAGGCUGGCAGUGGUAGCUAAUGGUUGGGAGGAUAUUUUCUUGGCACACUUUAUGACCACAUUGUACCAAUCUUCUAAUGGCUGUCUCUAGCAGGAUACCACACCAUAUCACAAAGCUCAAAUCAUCUCAAAAUGAUUUCUUGAACAUGGCAAUAUUUACUGUACUCAAAUGGCCUCCAGAGUCACCAGAUUUCAGUCAGCACCUUUGGGAUGCGGUGAAACAGGAGAUUCACAUUAUGGAUGUACAACUGACAAAUCUGCACCAACGGUGUGAUCCUAUC